UUUGAGUUUCCUAUAUAAACACCACGCUCUCAUGCGUGUCGAUUUGUGCCUGUGGAGUCUUCUCUCUCACUACUCUCACUCUCCCUGCCUUUGGCCUUUGCUUUUUUGAAAGGAAAUGGGUGCACUUACCUACAUCAUCUCCAACUUUUGCACAGUUCCUAGACCAAAGACCAAAGCAAUGCAGACAGUUGAGAUCAAAGUCAAAAUGGACUGCGAUGGCUGUGAACGAAAAGUCAGAAAUGCAGUAGCCACAAUGAAAGGAGUAAAAUCUGUGGAGAUAAACCGAAAGCAAAGCAAGGUGACAGUGAAUGGUUGUGUUGAUCCAAACAAGGUGUUGAAUAGGGUAAAGGGAACCGGGAAGAAGAGAGCUGAAUUCUGGCCUUAUGUUCCACAGCAUGUGGUGUCAUAUCCUCAUGCCUCCGGCGUCUAUGACAAAAGGGCACCUGCUGGCUAUGUCAGAAAUGUCCAGACAUUUCCAGCAUCAACUGAGACAGAAGAGAAGUACAUGUCCCUCUUCAGUGAAGACAACGUUAAUGCAUGCUCCAUCAUGUAAUCGUGAUCAAUUAUUGAAGCUUCGUGGAAACUGAAAAACGCUGGAGUGCAAUCAAACUUUAGAAGCUAUAUAUUUAAAUAUCAGAAAUCAUUUUCGAAAGGUGUUGAGAGGAAUUUGAUUCUCGCUAGCUGCCUACCACAGACAAAUCGAAUAGCACUACCAAAAAAGGACCACUGUUUCUUAACUAGCUCCUUCGUUAAGCCAAUGUGUAACACUUCACUUAUACUAUAGUUAAGUACAUUUAUUUUUUAAUUUAUUGCAUGUGGAAGACAUGAUUGAUAACAUGUCAAUGUAAAGGACGAUUUACAAUUAAGGAACUUGUACUAGCAAGGAUCGAUUGUGUGGUGAAUUUUGUGCCUUCCUUUUGGAAUG